GUCCAGUCUACCUUUGCAUAGACUGCAACUUCUUCCUCCACAGAUCCUGCGCCGAACUGCCUCCUGAGAUUCAACAUCCCUCUCACCCUCAGCACUCACUUAUGUUCUACCCUGGAGGCAGCUAUGACUUAUCUUGCAGGUGUGAUGAGCCUGUAGAAGCUCGUGGCAGCUAUGUAUGUGAUGUCUGUGAAGUAGCCUUGCACACGGGAUGUGCAGCUGCAACUCUCCCUCCACCCGAAGAAGAGCACGAGGACAAGGGGAAGAUUAUUCAGCACUUUGCUCACGAGCAUCCCCUUGCAUCCUUCCACGUGAAUGCCUCAAAUCGGAUCAAUUGCAAGGCAUGCGGCGAGCAGAUCUCUGGUCGCGUUUAUGGUUGCCGUGCCUGCAUAUACGUGCUGCACGAAUCAUGCGCUCUGGCACCCCGAGAGAUAUCGAAUCAUCCCUUCCAUCCACAGCACCCUCUCACCUUGCUCGCUGAUUUCAAGCCUGAGUGGCCUGAUCUUACAUGCGAAGUCUGCAAGAGGUACAGCCACUGUCCGAUGUUUGCAUACAACUGUAAUGAAUGUGAUUUCCAUCUCGAUGUGAAUUGUGCUGUUUCCGUUAUGCAUCUUCCUCCUCGAGAUGAUCAGAGUAGCAUGGACGGUAAGCGAGAGAUCCAUCAUUUUUCCCACCCCCACCAACUGACAUCUUUUCAUGCAAAAGCAGAGCUUUUUGCCGCCUGCAGUGUUUGCAAGGAGAAGGAGAUAUCAGGUUAUUUUUACUGUUGCCUUGACUGCCUUUUCUUGCUCGACGUAUCAUGUGUCGAGUUUCCACAAGAUAUUGUGCACCCUCUUCAUUCAAACCACCCUCUCAUUUGCCAAGAAGAUUUUGAUCUUCGUUGCUCUCUCUGCUCCGAUAAUACUCAUAGCUUUGGAUACAAGUGUGAAGUGUGUCUCUUUGGCCUUCAUGUGAAAUGUGCUCUCCAAUCUCUCUCUGCUACGGAAGAGGAAUUAACUCUUACUGGCGAGCUUGUCCAUGAUCAUCCAAUGAAGCUUCAAUGUUCACCACUGUUAAGGAUGUGUAAAGUCUGUGAAUGGCCUGUUGAAGGUCUAGGUUAUGACUGUCAAGAAGGUUGCGACAUGUUGCUCCAUAAAACAUGUGCUGAACUACCACGUGAGCCAGAACACCCUAUUCACCCACAACAUCCGCUUGUUCUUCAUUGUUUGGAAUCCUAUACAUCCCUUCCUUGCUUUGCAUGCUUUGACGAGAUAGGCGUCGGUUUCUCCUUGUACUGUGAUUAUUGUAAGAUCCAGUUCCACGCACGUUGUGCUAUGGGGAAGCUGACUUUGAAACAUCAGCGUCAUGAGCACAGCCUAACCUAUAUGGAAAAGAUGGGCAGCGGGCUAAACAGCGUGCAAUGCAAUGUGUGUUAUGAAGAUUGCCAAAUUGACUUCUACCGCUGUGGUCCAUGCAACUAUAAUCUUCACUUCAGUUGCUUGCCUCUGCCCCCUUCCGUUAAACACGAAUUCCACUUCCAUCCACUGGUGCUUCGUGAUAGAGUUGUUGAUGACUUUUAUGAUUAUGAGGAGCAAUACUGCGACGUGUGUGAGACACUCAGGCACCCAGAACAUGGUGUUUAUUAUUGCGAGGAGUGUAAUUAUGAUGCUCAUAUCGAUUGCGUCAUCCCUGAGGUAAGUCCCCCAUCCCAAAAUUCCACCACAUUUUCCGAAGCAUGAUGUAGCCAUCACUGGGAGUUACCCCCCAAUCUUCAACUUUUUGUUUUGAAGAAGAGAAACAAUUGGAAAAACAUCAGGUAAAUUGCAUUAUUCACAGUGUGUCUAUAUAUAUAUAUUGCCUAGGAACUAUAUCUCUUUUUCAAAUUAUUAACAAUAUGAAAGUAAAUAUAAAUUCAUUAUUCAUAGUAUAAUGGAAAGCCUAGUUUGGUAUGAUGGAAUGGAAUGAAAUGAUUUUUAUUAAUGAAAUACAAUAAAUACGGAAGAAAAAUCGUAAUUUUUGGAUUGCUAUAGGACACAUGAUGGAAUAUAAUUAUGAUUAACCUUACACAUGUGUAACAGAUAUUUUUAGAGUAAAUUCACAAAUGGGUCCUUCACAGAUUAGAUGUACAUCAAAUUUACCUCGAGAAAUUUUUUACAUCAAUUUAUACCUUCACUUUAUAAUUUUACAUUACAUUCAACCUUCCGUCCACUUCCGUCCAAUUCCGUCCAAAUAUUGGAGGGUUAAAGUGAUGCAAAAAAUUUUUGAAGGUAAAUGUGAUGUAUAGUCAAUUUCUAGAGGACUAAUUCGUCAAUUCAUUGAACUGUGUCUUUAAAUUUUUUAUUAUUCUCUACUGUCUCCUCCCUUGCUCUUCCUCUCUCUCAUCUGUUUCAGAAAACUGUGGCAAAGGGCGGGAAACGAAAAGGAAUCGUCUCCGUGCAUUUCGAAGAAGAUCGGUCUUGCGUUGUUAAGCAUUUUGGUUUUUGGAUUUCGAAGAAAAUCGGUUCUGUGUAUGCAGUGUGCUACUAGCUUCGUAAAUCUGAAGGUAGGCAAUGGUGUUUAUUG